UGACCAUCAAGAAUCAUGAAUGGCAAGGACAAUCAAAUGUUGAAAGAACAGUUCACACUAAUAAGAUGUCACACGUGUUGGAGAUUUCAACUCCAGUUCGCAAUAGUUCGCAUGUGUUCAGCUGGGUGGGCUCUCACUUGAGCCAAUGGACUUGCUAGUGAUGCAAGCACAGAGUGUCCAGUCGUCUUCUUUGGAUGCAAACAACUUGGAACUGGCACAGAAGUUGCUUGGACUCAAAGAUGCCAAGAUCCAGGCGUUGCAAGACCAACUCUGGGCCGCUGAAGAAGAAAACAAGCUGCUCAGACAACAACUAGCUCCUCACGGCUUUCCGCUGCUCAAAGUUAUGCCCAGCAGUGAAAAGAAGAGGCGCCUGGAGUUCCCGCCAGCCCAGCGGCCGGUUCAGGGAAAGAUGCGUUGGGACGUCCUUGCACGUGGAGCAUUGCUGAAACUGAUCUUGGUCUUUCUAAAGCCACAAUCCUGUUUGGGAUUGUUGGCCGCAUCUAAGAAGGCGCAGGAGGACUUUCACAAAAGUUGGUCGCGGGAACUUGAUCUGAAGGACUUCCGCUCGCGUGGAGGUUUACAAUCCUUCCACAAGUUUCUAGGGAGGCCAAUCUGGAAAGAAGCGCAGACCUUACGAAUGCCAAAAGAUGCCCGUCUUGGUCUGUCUUAUAGAUGGCCAAACAGCAGUAUGUCUCUCAUUGAAAAGUGCUUCCCUGACUUGCAAGAAUUGGAUUUGUCCUUUGGUGGUGGCCUUUUUGGUGGUGGCCUGGUGAAAUGGCUUGAGGAGUCCUCCACACGGUUGCACUUCUCACAAAGCUUUGCCAAGCUCACCAGCUUGAAGCUUCAUGUCUAUGAUUUCCAGGAAGCUGACAUGUUGGUGUCAUUGACGAAGCUGCGCAGACUCCAUUUAGGGCUCCCUUAUUGUGGUCCAUUCCGGCGAAGAGGCACUGCUCCCAUGCUCUUUGGCUACCUUCUUCAGCUGUUGGCGCUCGAAGACCUUCAGCUGUUUGGUCAUCGAUCAGCCUUUUCAAAGGCCAAUGAUGGCCAUCUCAUCCUUGGAAAUAUCACCAACGAGCUCAAGCAGCUGCUGGCUAGCUGCAGCAGGUUACGGAAGUUGGAAAUUGUUCCGUGCGUGGGACUUUCAGAGGAGGUCUUUGCAGUUCUUUGUUCUGGAAAGAAUCUGGAACAGAUUGCACUUUAUGCCCCUCCUUCCAUGAACUUGCAGAGCUUGCCAAUGCUUUGCAAGUGUACUUCGCUGCGCCACUUGCGAUUGGCACGAGAGGGCGGUUUUGAAGAAAGCGUACCUCCAUUAAAAGGUAUCAAAGUUGACCUCGAUGCCCUUGUGGAUCCAAAUUUUUUUCAUUCUGAAACUGUCUUGAGAUAGUUGACACAUAUGAAACCAUAAUGUCAACUCGUGUGAGAAGAAGCGGCCAAUGCAAGCCAGGCUUCUGAAGAGAGAUGGCAGAAUAA